GUACAAUUUCUGGUCAACUCCGAAGCACUAGGUGGCGCUGUCGAACCGUAAACACGUUGGCGAAUACAAAAAAGAAACAUGACGAAGAAGAAGAAAGUCAAAGUUCACCCUCGUGUGCUGCUGUAGAGACGGCGGAGCGAGACCGAAGCUAACGCAACAAAACAAAGAGAUUAAAACAUAAUUAUUGUCGGGGGAGACGGUUCACUGUCUAAGUCGCCAUGUCCUCCUACACCUGCAUCAGCUGCCGAGUGGCGUUCGCAGACGGCGAGGUGCAGCGAGCGCACUACAAGUCCGACUGGCACCGCUACAAUCUGAAGCGCAAGGUGGCCGACAUGCCGCCUGUCACCGAUGAGAACUUCCAGGAGCGCGUGCUGGCGCAGCGGAAGUCCGACGAACAGCAGCUGAGCGACGCGGCAUCCACCGAGGGCUGCGCCAUCUGCAGCAAGAAGUUCUCCAGCGCCAACGCCCACCAGAACCACUUGCAGUCCCACAAGCACCAGCUGGCCGAGAAGCAGGCGCUGCUCGCCGCCCAGAGGAAAGUGGAGAAGAUGAACGAGAAGAACCGGGAGAAAGGACUCGGCGACGAGAAGGUGGACCGCGACGCCAGGAACGAGGCCCUGCAGCAGGAGGCUCUGCAGGAGGCCCAGCAGAGGCCGAGUCCUGUGCCGCAAGGAGCCACGAGGCAGAAGGCGGAGAAGACGGAGAUACCCCCGAGGUUGAUGUGGCUGGAGGAGCAGGCCAAGAGGCGAGAGACGGAAGAGGGAGCCACAACUGUGCAAGAAGAGUGGGAGGACGUCGACGACGACGAGGAAGAUGAUGACGAAGAGGUGGAAGAGGAGGAGGAGGAGGAAACAAUGGAUCAAGCGGAAGGGGACUCGGCGGCCGUGUCUGACUCCAAACCCGCGGCUCUGCCGGGUUCGAUCCCCGUCACCGACUGCCUGUUCUGCUCCCACCACUCCAAGACACUCAUGAAGAACAUCGCCCACAUGACCAAAAUCCACAGCUUCUUCAUCCCCGAUGUGGAGUUCCUCAUCGACGUCGCUGGCCUCGUCCGCUACCUCGGUGAGAAGAUCGGCGCUGGAAACGUGUGUCUGUGGUGCAACGAGAAAGGCCGUUCGUUCUACUCGGCAGAAGCGGUUCAGAGUCACAUGAUCGACAAGAGCCACUGUAAACUCUUCACAGACGGCGACUCUGCCCUGGAGUUUGCAGACUUCUACGACUUUAGGAGCAGCUACCCCGACAGGAAGGAGGGAGAGGAUGCUGAAAUGGACGAAGAAGAGCUUUCUUUUGAGAGGAACCUGGAGUACGCCGACGAAAUGCUGGAGCUGACUCUCCCCUCUGGUGCUACGAUCGGCCACCGCUCCCUCAUGAGGUACUACAAACAGCGCUUUGGAAAUCAGAGGGCGCUGGUUCUGACCCACAACAAGAACGCUGUCGGUCGACUCCUCCGGCAGUACAAAGCUCUGGGCUGGGGGGGAAACGAAGGCUGCUUCUACCAGAAACCAAAAGACAUGCAGUACGUGCAGAAGAUGAAGUCCAAAUGGAUGCUGAAGAUGGGCAUGAACCACAACACCAGCUUGCAGAAGCACUUCAGAUCCCAGGUCAUGUUUUGAACCGGGACCAGAGGGGCUGAAACGCGACGCCGACCGGCCUUUUUGCUGUUUCUUUUUUGUCGUUGUUUUUUUUUUCCCCCCGCCGACGAGACUUUCAGCUCCGAAUGGAGUGCAGCUGGUCCGUGCCGCGAUGGCAGUGAGAAUAAAUCAGCCACGGUUGGCACUGUGUUUGAAGGAAGGGCGGCCAUGUUGAUAUGAGAUUCGUUAGUGGGACGGGGUCUUCUAGCUCCGCUUGGCACGGUUACAUUUAUUCCUAAUAGGAAACCAAAUGUCCAACUCGGUCGUCUCUAUAUUAGGAAUCUGCAACAAAACAAAAAAAGCCUGCAUCAGAUCAGCAGAAGGUGAUUUUUUUUUUAGAGUUUUCUUUUUGGGACUCAAUUCAGUGACGUAACGCAUUUGUUUGUUUAAACCGAUGACAGGAUAACGUUGUUAUGCUUCAAUGUGCUCGUAAUACAUCAACUAAAUAAAUGGUUCAUAUUUAUUGGA